UCACUUUCUUCUCGCCCUCUUUGCUUAAAAUCUCAUUCUAAGACAUGGUUCGAUUAGCCAUGCAUGGCCUCCUCCCAGUAGAUGCCUGUGAUGGUUCAACGCAGAAUCUGAAAACCGGGUUCUGCAUUUCUGGUAUCCUUCCUCUGAAUCAACCUCGGUAAAUGGAGAUAAUGGAAAGAUUCAUCAGUUCUGGUUUCUCAUGAAUGCAAUGAAAGAUUCAUUGGUGGAAAAUGGAAAUGCAAUAAAGGAGAUUGAUGAUAUCCAGAACAUUUGAGCGAGGCCUUCAAUGAAUGCAGAGGAAGGAUAUCAAUGGAGGCCUCGGUCUCAGAACAAGCUCCAUUGGAGGUAUAGAUCUUGUUAACUUUUACAUCCGCCAUAACGAGUUGAACUGGAUCAUGCGCAUCUUUCUUCCUCUCUAGAGCUAGAGCUCCGCCAGGUAGCUCUGGAGAGUUUUUGCGUCGAGGUGCAAUGAGGACGAAGGGAGGACAAAGUGUGGCUGCCUCCGGUCAAUUCGCUUGCACCAACCUUCGUCGUUUUUUAGACUGUAUGACACCUGUGGUUCCAACUCGAUGCUUGCCAAAGGCAACUUUUAAAAAUCCUAAUAGGUUAUGGCAGCCGUGGGAAGGGGAUGACAUUGAAUAUUUCACUUUAGGAGAUCUGUGGAACACUUAUAGCGAGUGGAGUGCUUAUGGUGCAGGAACGCAAGUUGUAUUAGAUAAUGAAGAAACUGUAUUCCAAUACUAUGUUCCCUAUCUUUCUGCAAUCCAAAUUUACAUCGAUUGGAGCUCUGUGGAGGACUCUUGCAGUGACGAAGGUGAUACAGGAAAUAUUUGGAUGGUAAAAGGAAUGGACUACUUAUCGGGGAAGAAAAAUGGAAGCUUCUGGCAUGGAAAGGAGAAACUGGGCUUUCUUUAUUUUCAGUAUUUUGAGACAGCAUCCCCCUAUGGAAGGAUUCCGCUAGUAGACAAGAUUAAUGCAUUCUCCCGAUCACAUCCUGGGCUGAAAUCAUUGAAAAGUGUAGAUGUUCUUCCUGCCAGUUGGAUGGCAGUUUCCUGGUACCCAAUUUAUCAUAUUCCCUCGAACCGAACUGUGAGAGACUUGUCAACCUGUUUUCUUACGUACCAUACUCUAUCUUCUUCAUUCCAAGAGAAGGAAGCUGAUGACCCUAUGAGAAAAGUAGAAGAUAGCGAAAGAAUGAUGCCCUUGCCACCCUUUGGCUUAGCCACUUACAAAAUGCAAGGCAGAGUUUGGAACGAUCCAGAAAGCACAGACCAGGAACACAUCAUUUCCAUGUUAAGCGCAGCAGCCUCAUGGCUAAAGCAACUCGGGGUCCAACACCAUGACUUUAAUUAUUUCAUGGGGCUCCGGCAAUAUUCUUAACAUCAAUUUUCACUAAAGCUAUGAUGAUCAACAAUCACUUCUAAUGCUAAACCACAAUCAUCAUUGUCAUCAUAGAUGUCUACAUACACAUCAUUGAAGCAAGGAAUACGUGCAAGAUACAAGACAGGGAAGGAGACAAGAAUCCCAUGCAUCUGUGCGCAUGAAAUUUGAAGUGCAUUCAGCAAACGUUAUAAAAAGGAUCCAACUUCCAAGGUACUGAAGCUAAAAAUGCUGAAAAGAAGAGCAUUUACUUAAGUACACAUGCACUGGUCUGGAAAAAGUGUGUCCAUCAUGUAGAGAAGUUAAACGUCAGGUUAUGUUGUUCAAACUCAGCUAAGAUGACCAAGGGCAGCCUCAAGCUUGACCAAAGGUUAAAUUACCACUCAGUUCAAGUUUGAAUGUGGUCCAAACCAUCUUGACAAGCACAAGCCCCAUACCAAAUCCUAUGAGUAACAGCUUGGAGUUGCUAUUAGCUCAGCCUGAUCUAACCAUGCUUUUUCAUGUCCUUGUUACUGGUAAAGAGACAAUGUAAUUACCCCAUCCAAAACUAAUCUGAGUGCUCAUUAUAGCAGAGAGGCAAACUCUUUAGCAUUCUUUCCUAUCUUUGUUUUGUUGAGUUAAAGAACAGAUUAAUGGAUUAUGAUCAAACCAUGAGCAUCUAAAAAAUAAGCAAAAGAAGCCCCAUCAUAUUGCAUCGCAUAUUUUAUGGCCCAAAAUUUAGUGAAGCUCAAUGUAUGCAAAACAUUCCAUUUAUGUUAAUGACUUAAGGACCAUUAGUCCAGGCUUAAGUCAAUGCUUGUUCACUAAGGAAUAACAAAAUGGCUGGUCUCAUCUUGUUUAUGAGCAAGCUGUCAAACCCAUCUGAAAAUGCCUAGACUGUCAAUCACCCUUAUCUGUUAUUUAGGCAAAUUCUGUAUUUUGAAUCAAUUGUUUAAAUAACAGAAUCCAUAGGAACUAGAGGUUGCACUUUGUAUCCAUAAAGAUGACAGGUGAACUGCUCGAAAAGCUUUAGUAUCGUUUAAAAGUUUUUGAAAUUCCAGUUCGGCCCUUGCCCUCCCUGAUCCUCAUUUGGCUCCUUCCCUAGCAAUCACUAUGUAUCAUUACACAUUAUAUAAUUGCUCAACCUAUAAAUGAACUAAUAACAGAAAGAACAAGUGUGCAAUAAAAAUCAACAAAACUAACACAGAUAUGUCACUGCACGUUUGUCAAAAUGUGUGUCCACUGUCUAUGAUAGACGACAUAUAUUAAGGGAAUAAAAUCACUCAAUGUACAGGU